CUCCAAGACAGAGGCUACAUUGCCUCAAGUCGCAAGGCCCCAGGAUCGGCUUGAAUGACUCGAUUCCAAAGGUCACGGCGAAUAAUACAUCCUACAAGGUGCGUUUCCAGAAAGUCCCGAGUCGAUUUCGGACGGAAGAUGAAACUCGGUCUACCUAUGGGUUCUAUGCAGCGAAGUCCGUCCGCCCACGUGAAGUCGACUGUAUCCAUCCGAUGCGACCGAAUAUAUUCUUCUUCGGCAACAGUCAUGGGAAUGCGUCCUGACAUACAGCCAACAGGGUAGGCUCAUUCUGGCAAGCUUAACGGCUGUCGUGUUCCUCAAGAACAUCGAUUCCCCCGUUUCGGUACCGCGAGGUAGCCUACCAUCUUCCCUUUUGUAUUCUCACGUAUGUUUCCACGGUUGUAACCAUGUUCAUAUCGUUCGCAGGUCAUCUGGCUUGAUGACGCUAGCCUCUCCGCGGUAUAAAAGAGAACGUUAGGCUAUCCCAAUUGCCAUAGUUCCUUAACAGAACUACUCACUUAUUACAAGCUCGGUGUUUACAAGAUGUUCCGCUUCAUCUCUGCUUUGCCCUUUGCCUUGGGCGCAUUAAAGCUUGCAUCCGCGGCGACCGUGCUCACUGGUCAAUACACCUGUGACACUGCUGGAGAUUAUACCCUCUGCAAUGACCAGUGGGGUAUUGCCAACGGUGUGGGCUCCCAGACCUCGACUUUGAUCAGUGCUUCUGGCAGCACCAUCUCCUGGUCGACCAACUACACUUGGGCUAACAACCCGAAUGACGUCAAGACCUAUGCCAAUGUUCUCUCCAACACCGCCAAGGGAGUGCAGAUCAGUCAAAUUAGCAGCUUCCCCACCACCUGGGAUUGGUACUACGAGACUCAGUCGUCUGGCCUCCGCGCUGAUGUUUCGUACGACAUGUGGACCGGUACUGCGCAGACCGGCACAGCUGCCAGUUCCUCUUCAUCCUACGAGAUCAUGAUCUGGCUUUCCGGCAAGGGCGGAAUCCAACCCGUUGGCUCUCUGAAGACCUCUGGAAUCAGUCUUGCCGGCUAUACCUGGAACUUGUGGAGCGGAACCACCGAGACCUGGACCACCCUGUCCUUCGUUUCGGCUGACGGGGAUAUCACUAGCUUCAACGCCGAGCUGACUCCCUUCUUCCAGUACUUGGUCGAGAAUGAGGGUGUCUCCGCCAGCCAGUAUAUCCAGGCCAUUCAGACCGGCACGGAAGCCUUCACUGGCACUGCUGAGCUUGUCACUACCUCGUUCAGCGUCAGCUUGAGCGGGUGAAAGCCAUCGAAGAUAGGGUUUGGCAUUGGUGUUGUAUGAAAUGAGUACGAUCAAAGCACGGUGUUCCGAUCUGCUGGAGAUAUGACGUAUUUCCGUUGUACUGGUCCGGGCUAAAAUACAAACGGGAUUGAUGUGGGG